AUGGCGUCGCCGGCUGCAACUUUCACAGAGAGCCUUCAGAGCGCAUCCGCGCAGCCGAAUCAUGCACGAGCUGCAGCGUACGAGGCGCUCAUCGCGGAUCUGCUGCAGGCGCCGGGGAGCAAGGUGAGCCGCGCCGAUCUGCUGGAAGCCACGUCGGCAUACUUGCGGCACGCCGUGUUCAGCGAGCAGAACGCAACUGGAGGCGGCCUGGUUGUGGGGCGACAAGCUCUCACGGCGCUCGAGCAUCAUUCUGGCCGCAUCGCCGCCGAGUACGAGGCGCAGAAGAGCGACAAGAAUAGGAUGCAGGAUGUCGAGGACGAGAACAUGCCCGCCAUCGCCGACAGCGACACGCGACGUCUGGUGCUCGAAAACGCACUCGAGCAGCUGCAGCCCAGAGUGCUGAGCUUCGAGGAACAGGCGUCGAGUCUGCGCAUGCAGCUCGCCAGCCUGCUCGAGGCGGACGAAGACUGGAACGAGGCGGCGCGCGUGCUUCUGGCGAUCCCGCUGGACUCGGGUCAUCGCAACGUGUCGGACCACUUCAAGCUUUCGAUCUACGUGCGGAUCGCACGUCUGCUGCUCGAGGGUGAUGAUCCCGUCGCAGCCGACAUGUACCUCAAGCGUGCGAGCAUGAUCAUCCACAACGUACCCGGCGCGCUACCUUCGCAUUUCCAACAGCAGCAGCAGCAGCAGCAGCAGCAGCAGCAGCAGCAGCAGCAAGAAGAGGAAGCUUCCGCGCAGACGACAUCGGCUCAAACAGGGUCGAUGGAUGGCAGUGGCAACGACAAUAGCUCGGGUACGGCGGGAUCAAAACAUAAGCUGGAGGAGCCCAAAGUGCUAGGACUACAGUACCGGCUCUCGCAGGCGCGCGUGUACGACUCGCAACGUCGAUUCGCGGAAGCUGCGGUGCGGUACCACGAGCUGAGCUACGUUGGCGAGAUUGACGAGGACGACCGUGCCAUGAUGCUUUCGGCGGCGGUGACGGCGUCCAUCCUCUCGCCCGCGGGGCCGCAACGCGCACGGAUGCUGGCGACGCUGAUGCGCGACGAGCGUACGCCUUCGUUGCCUCAGUACACGAUCCUGUCCAAGGUGUUUCUGGAUCGGGUGAUCCGUGCGGACGAGAUCGCCGACUUUGAAAAGCUGCUCUCGCCGCACCAGAUCGCCAAGCUGGCGCCAUCGUCUGCGCCGAUUGCUGUGGGCGAGUCGACGGGCGAGUCGGUGCGGCAUGCGCCGUCGACGGUGCUGGACCGGGCCAUGAUCGAGCACAAUGUGCUGAGUGCGUCGCGCCUGUACGACAACAUCACGCUCGCAGGACUGGGAGCCUUGGUCAACCUGAGCCCCGAAGGGGCCGAGGAGAUUGCUCGAAAGAUGAUCAUGCAGGGGCGUCUCAAGGGCUGGAUCGAUCAGGUCGGAUCGUCGACGGACGAGGCGAGCGCGAUGCGAAGAGGCGUGCUCUUCUUCAUGGAUCAAGAGCGACGCGGCGAGGGCGAGACAACGGCAGGUGGGCUCAGCGCUACCAAAGACGCAGGCGCCGGCGUUGGCGACGGCAGUGGCAGUGGCGCUGGCGACGCGGGCGGCGCUGAGGGAGCUGGCAGCGGUGGAGGAACGAGCGACUUGGACACCAAGUGGACGCGACGAUGGGAUCAGCAGAUUGCGAGCGUCACAGGCGCGCUCGAGGACGUGUGCCAACGCAUCAACCAGAUCUCAGCCAGCGCGUCGGCUGCAGCCUCGGCGACAGCUUGA